AUGGUCAACAGGCAAGUUGAACAACCAUCUACAUACUAUUCUAUAAAGGCAGCCAGUCUUGAAGGAUAUAUGGUCGAUUUAACGGCAAAUAAUACAACGUUAUGGGAUACUACCGACGAAAGCAUCAUUGAGGACUACACACUGGAAAUGUUUUAUGAACUCGAGGAAAAGGCAGGAGCUGCCAUGAUCGAACUACAACAACAUUUGCAUAAUAAUCAGACAAUUCGCAACUCAAGACAGACAGAUUGCGAAUUGCCUCUACCAAGAAUAUCACUACCAAAAUUUGAUGGAAACUGUAUGCGGUGGGUGGAAUUCAAGGACUUGUAUAUGGAAUUGGUCCACAACACGGACAUCAGUGACAGCAAAAAAAAAAUGCAUUAUCUGACUACAUCAUUGGAUAACGAGCCAAAGGGGCUAAUUAGACAUCUUCCAGUAGUAGGAGAAAAUUACAAUAUAGCCUGGACUUUACUUACAAGUCGUUAUGAAAAUAAACGACUUCUGGUUACAACACUCCUAAAUAAAUUAAUGGGACAAUCCUCCAUUAAAAGGGAGUCGGCACCAGCAUUAAAAUCUCUACACGAUGUAAGCAAGAAAUGCAUACAUGGUCCCCAGGCUCAAGGAGUUCCAGUCGAACAUUGGGAUGUUAUCCUGGUACAUCUAUUGCUGCGCAAGCUGGAUGCAGAAACUCUAACAGCUUUCGAACAAGGGCUAACAGACAACAAAAGUUUAAUAACCAUUGAUGAAUUGCUAAAAUUUUUGGAACAUAGAUUUCAAUCACUUGAGGCUAGGGGAAAAGGAGAUUCAUCAUUCACUCGAACAUGUGCUUCAGCUACAAAAUUUGGUUUAAGUAAAACCUGUCCAAUUUGCAACAAAGACGGUCACAUGGUCUACGCUUGCAAAAAAUUCGAGACGGCUAAUCUAUCACAACGAUGGAAUUGGGUUAAGGAGUUCAAUUUGUGUGUGAACUGCCUCAGGAUUAGUCAUCGAGCUGAUGAGUGUAAUUCCAGGCACUGCACUAAGUGUUCUAAAAAACAUAACACUUUGAUGCAUAAUCCAAAGGGGAAUCAAUACACAAAAGGUACUGUUCUUCAAGGAAAUAACUCAACGCCUCAACAAACAGGUCAAGCUUCAGUUUCAAACCAAUCAUCAAAUAAAAUAACCCUUUUAACAAACAAUACCAAUAAGGAAUCUAAUUAUGUCCUAUUAGGGACGGCCAGAAUAAGAUUGCUGGCAUCAAACGGAAGACAAAUUGAAUGCAGAGCAGUAUUGGACUCUGGCUCUCAAAUCAAUCUCAUAACAAACCGCCUGUCAAAAAAAUUGGGCUGCAAGCCUAGGCCAACGCUUAUGAGUAUGGAAGGCGUAGGCGCAAAUGAAUCAAAAAUACGUCAUCAAACAAUAAUCCGAGUACAAUCAACGUUGAACGAAUUUGUAGCAGAGAUGGAUGCACAUAUCAUACCAAAAAUCGUUUCAGAUCAGCCAAUGCACUAUUUAAAUAUCGAAUCCUGGGAUAUUCCAAAGGAAUUAACUCUCGCUGAUCCAGAUUUUAACAAACCUGGCCGAAUAGAUUGCCUGUUAGGAGCAGAGAUCUUUUUCAAGUUACUUAGUGAAGGUCAAAUAAAACUAGCAGGUAGUCUUCCAACACUUCAGAAUUCUAUUUUUGGAUGGGUUGUAGCUGGCAAUGUUGAAACUUUAAAUUCAAGCACGGCAACUUGUGGCAUGUGCACUACUAAGGAACUAGAAGAAUCUAUAUUGAAAUUCUGGGAAUCAGAAGAAAUUCCAGAUUCAACUUCGGAACUCACAGAAGACGAAUUGCGUUGUGAGUCACAUUUUUUGCAACACACUUUUCGAGGAAGUGAUGGCAGAUUUGUUGUGAAACUCCCACCAAAGAAUCAUCCAUCAGUGUUACCAGAUACAAAAGGAAUCGCUUACGAGAGGUUCAAGACAAUCGAGCGCCGUUUCAUUCAAAAUCCUGAUCUAAAGAAUCAAUAUGUUUCAUUUAUGAGGGAAUAUGACGCAUUGGGACACAUGACAAAAUUCAGCGGUAGCGAAAUAGUAUCUCCCCAAUAUUUCAUCCCUCACCACUGUGUGCUACGUCCAGACAGCUCAACAUCAAAACUGCGAGUUGUAUUUGACGCAUCAGUACACAAAUUAUCAGGGCCAUCACUAAAUGACAUAAUGUUUAAUGGUCCAAAAGUUCAAGACGAACUGUUUUCGAUUUUGCUCAGAUUUAGAAUGCACAAAUAUGUUUUAAAAACUGAUGUGGAAAAAAUGUACCGUCAAAUAUGGGUUAACAAAGAUGAUCGAAAUCUGCAACUCAUAAUGUGGCGAGAAAAUCCCACAGAACCACUUAAUUAUUAUCAGUUGAACACAGUUACUUAUGGCACAAGAGCAGCAAUUUUGGAUUUUUAUGUUGACGACGGUCUAAUAGGAGCUGAUACCAUCAACGAAGCGUUACUAAUUCAACAACAAUUAAUAACAAUUCUAGACAAGGCUGGAAUCAAACUAAAACAAUGGUGUGCAAACAACCCAAAACUUUUACAUGGAAUCGCUCCAGAAGAUCAAGAAGUAAAUCUCAAUUUUGAUUCCAAGGAAACCCAAUUCACAAAGACGCUGGGUCUUUUAUGGUUACCAAAGUCAGAUUCAUUUCGUAUCAAGGUUAACAUUCGAGACCAUAGUCACACAACAAAACGAUCUAUGAGCUCCGAUUUGGCACACAUAUAUGACCCCUUGGGUCUUAUUGGUCCAAUCUUGGUCACCGGUAAAAUCUUGUUGCAAGGAGCAUGGCAGCUAAAACUCGAUUGGGAUGAUGAUCUUCCGUCAGAAAUACGUAAACAAUGGACAUCGUAUAGAGAAGAUCUGGCCUUGUUGGACAAUGCAACAGUUGUGAGGCACGUAUUCAGCAGUCAAGGCUACAGCCAUGUUGAGCUGCACGGUUUUUGUGACGCCUCAGAAAAGGCUUAUGGUGCAGCAGUAUACAUUAGAACAGUACAAAAGGAUAAAACGAUAAAACUUAAUCUACUAUGCUCCAGAUCUCGUGUAGCACCCAUAAAAUCUCAAACAAUUCCACGACUAGAAUUGUGUGCAGCGUUGCUAGCAGCAGAACUCAUGGCAAGAGUUAAACUUGAUUUAAGCUAUCAAGACAAAGCAACUUACUUUUGGACAGAUUCACAAAUUGUGCUUUCCUGGAUAAACAAUCAUCCAGGCAAAUUACCCGUUUACGUUGCCUACCGAAUU